AUGGCGGUUCACGCACAUUUUACCGUAGCGGAUUUUGUUGUAUUUUCUCUGACUUUGCUGGCAUCUAUGGGUAUUGGAAUAUUCUAUUCUAGGGCGGGUGGAGCACAGCAGAAUAACAACGAAUAUCUCAUGGCUGGGCGAAGUAUGGCUAGUAUUCCGGUUGCCAUCUCCGUCCUUGCUUCCUUUGUUUCGUCAAUCGCGAUCCUAGGAAAUCCAGCCGAAGUUUACACGUAUGGCUUUCAGUACUGGAUCAAUUCCUUCACGAACUUUAUUUCUGUUCCAAUCAUGGCGUUGGUUUUUUUACCUGUGUAUUAUAACCUUCGUUUGACUAGUAGUUACGAGGUAGGUUGUCAUACAUGAAUUAAUGAAUCCCGCUGCAUAAUUAGCACCGAUCGCUUCGUACCAAAUUUCCGGUUUAUCUCGAUUGGAAUGCGCGAAAUGUAGUAUUCAAAUGUGCAAGUUAAAAUGUAUUGGAGUAAUCGCACAGUUAUGAUACAAAUACCACGAACAGUUGAACAAACAGAGUUUUCAUCGUUUUUCAUUGUGAACAAAUGUUUACUUGGUGUAAUCAUCUGUCAUGAGCAAGUAACAUUCGCUUUCUUUUCUCUCGUACAAAUUUUUUUUUAUCAUUGAAUGGAAUCGAAAAAGUGAAAUGACUUAACAUCAAUUCAGUCUUAAAUUAAUUUAACAUGGUUAACCUUUUCUCGUGUGAAGUUCUAUGCCGGUGUGUAUGUUCCGGGGUAGCUCAGUUUGAAAGGUUUAAAUAUAUUUUUUUCUAUCUCCCCCUGUUUAUGCAGCCCGUCGCUGACUAAUGGCACUGAUUCGCACGAACCAGUGAAUCCUAAGGAAGGAUUAUUUACAGUUUAAUUCAACUGUUCGAAAACUUCAAAUUAUACCUACUAUGAACAAGUCAAAUAGCAAAACUUUAAGAUUUGUGAGUGUGUGUGUGUAACUCUUGGAAGAAAUUGGACAAAAGAACAUUUCAUUUAUGAAUCGUACUUAUUUAACGUCACGUAAUCUUUUUUUUUUCCAAUUCAUUUCGUCGUAUUGUAGGUUUUUUUCAUACGUAACGUCUUUUGUUUUGUACGAUAAUUUGUAGGUUUGUUUUCGUUUCGUUUGCCAUAUAAUUGUAAAAAAAUUCAUUUAAUUUGUGUAAUUCGUUCAGGGUUAUUCGAAGUCGUGUUCGAAUUUAUACGAGGUCGUUCAAGAUUAGUUCGCUCGAGAUCAGUCAUUUUUUGCUCAAUUUAAUUUGUUAAUUAGUUUGAGUCAAUAAUAAAAUGUUCAACUAGUGAACAGAAAUCCCUUUAGUUAAUUUCCAGUACGAUUAUUGUUACUGUCGCACUUACAGAAAAGCAGCCAGAUCCAAUGACAGGAAAUGAAUGAAGAAUUCCUUAUAGUUAAUUUUGUGACCUUAGUAACAUGAUUGGCACUAAAUUUGGAUUUAUAACUUUAUAAAUUUAAGUAUUUGAAUUAGUUCUUCCCUGCCUUCAUUUUAAGCCUUCCCUAAAAUCUCCACUCUUCAUUUGAUUGACAAUUGUUUCUUACAUCAGUGUACAUUCAUUGGGAUAAGAAGUACCCCAGAAGUUUGUGCAGCAGGAAAGAUGCUUCAGGGUUGCUUGAGGUACAGCCUACAGCAUCUCUAGCUUCUUGAGCACCCUCCAAACUUUCCAAGUGCAUCAUAUCUUGAUGAAUGCACAGCUGAUGUAUGAACCAAUUGUUUUAUAACUUUGUCAGUGCAGUUGUUUGAAUAUUGUUCUCUUAUAAAUUAAAACAUUUUAGAAAAACAGUGCACACUAAAUCUGAAAUAAAUCAUCUUUUAGUCAAAAAAACUGUAAUGAUAUAAUUUAAAACUUGUUUAUAAAUAACUUAUACCCAAAGUAAAAUUAAUUACAACAUUAGUCAAAAUAUACUCAGACAUCAAGAUCUGUUUGAUAGUGUGGCACAAGCAGUCAUUUACAAAAUGAAAUUUAGAUAUAACUGACUUUAUUCUCGUGGGACUAAGUGCUUUGUAAAAACAUUUUCUUUCAGUAUCUAGAAAGAAGAUUCUCCUUUAGUGUCAGGAUGUUAGGAUCUGUAGUGUUUGUUAUACAAACGGUAAGUGAAUAUUGAUUUCUAGUUAGCAUUUACUGGAUCCAUUUUUCUCUCUGUUCAAGCUUAGCUAGCUAUUAAAUAAGUUAUGGUAUUAGUAAUGUCAAAUCAAAGAUUAAAUAGGAAAAAUAUUUAUUGUGUUGUCUCAAGUGCAGGACAAAGAAAGUCUGAGUCCUCAUAAGGAAUCAACCUCAGACCUUCAGGUUCUUCUCUGUAACCCUUUCACCCUCAUGAGUAAUCAAGACAGAGCAUCUCCUUACAUUAUCAGUACCAUACCAAGCCAACAAGCAACAAGAGUAAAUAAAUAUAUCAAUGAGGGGAUACUUGAUCCAAUACUAAAUUCUCCAAAUUGGCAUUUUAAGAAUUGUAUGGCAGACAGUAGGGAGAAUUGCUGAGGUGAUCUUGGGAGUGACAGGGUCAAUGCUUGACCAGUGAGCCACAGAGAACUCCUUGGAGAAUAAAUAGGUCAUAGUUAGUAGGCACGAGUCUUGUAUACUGAAGGGAUGAGCAAUGUGGAAAGUGUCAUAUGAAUUUAAAUUAUAAUAUCAUUUCUUUAGUGUAUACAUCACUGUGCAUAAUAAUCAGUUUAUGAAAUCUGUAUCACAGUUGUUAUAAUUUCUCAUUUAAAAUGUUGCAACCAGUGUUGGUUCCUUAUGAAAGAUUUUGUCGUAGGACCCCACAGACACAAACUUAAGUUAACUUGUGCAUCCCGCAUGCUUGUAUUAAAGGCCAUUUCAUUCAUUUGUCAUCACCCAUGUCAUGCUAUUUUUCUUUCAUUAUUGUUGGUCAAAUGAGCGCAGUUCUCUAAAUUAUGAAUCUUAUUUCAAAAAAAAAUUUUUUUUUCAGGUUUUGUAUACUGCUAUUGUAUUAUAUGGACCAUCACUGACCUUAGAAUCAGGUAAAAAAGUAUUUGAUAUACCAACUGAAAAUAUUUAUAUGUGUAGAAUAUAGAGUGGUUUAUUUCAAAUAAAUAUUGUAAUUCACUGAUCAUCCAGUUAAUAUUUGUGGUAUUUUGUAUUAUUAAGUGACAGGUUUCCCACUGUGGCUUUCAACGGUUGUAACUGGUCUUGUCUGCACUUUCUACACCACAGUAGUAAGUCCUUUUUUAGUUAUUUGGUUUUGUUUGUGAAGAAUAAUUUUGAAAAAAAGUAUUUCAAAACAUCUACUUCUAGCAAAACAUUUGAUAGUAAUAGUAAUCUUUAAUGAGGAUGCCAACAUCAUGUAGUGAUUAGCAUGUAACUUCUCCCUAAAAUAUCCAUACAUAGUCCAGCAAACAGGUAAUGAGAAUACUCAAAGUUAUUAUAUAGAAGUUGUUAUCUUGAUCUAACACCAAAUUCUCAUCACUCAAUCAUAAGGAAAUGUAUGGUAGCUAGAAGGGAGAAUUAACAAUUAGAUCUUGGGAGUUAACGGGUUAAAAAAUCUUGCUGGGACUCAAAAGAGCUGUAAUUGCAGUAAAUUACACUCAGGGGACACCAUGUACAGUCUCAAAAGAGUGUAGUUACUUAAUAUACACAUACAAGAAACUUACUUUUAUGUGGCACAUCAAGACUCAUUUGGAACACAUCAAGUCCAGCAGAGACACUUUGGUGGUAAUCCAAACAAACAUGAUAGUAACAUUGGUGGUAAUCCAAACAAACAUGAUAGUAUUUAAUAAAUUUUUUUUCAUGGUUUCAUACAGAUUGUGUCUAUUUGUUCAAAAACCAGCUGAAAUUUAAAAAUACGAAAGACAACCUUUUUUUUUGUGGAGUCUUGUUUAGACUAACAGUCAAUUUGCUACCAUUACUAUCACAGCCUACAGUUGUAAUAAAAGCAUGAGGGAUCACACAUUGUGUACACCGCAUGUCACAAGAUGCUUGUAUAAAGGGCUUGCACUAAUGAUGUUGUAAUGUUUAUUACUGUCACUGUCCUUAGGGUGGCAUGAAAGCUGUAAUAUGGACAGACGUGUUUCAAGGCAUAGUCAUGUUAGUUGGGCUGACAACAAUUAUUACAGUAGGAACAAUAAAGGUUGGAAGUCUGAGCAAAGUUUUUGAUAUCGCUUACAAGGGGCACAGACUUGAGUUUGAGUAAGUUUGUUGAAAAAAAUCAUGAUUAUUAUCACUAUUACAAUACUAUCAAUUUCACUGAUCUUGUAAUAACAAAGCAAAGAGAAAUAAUGGUUUCAGUACAACUAAAAAUCAUUUCUCUUUACAGUUUUUCCAUAGAUCCUACACACAGAACCACAUUGUGGGUUUUUCUGAUAGGUGGUGUAUUCCAAAUGCUACCUAUCUAUGCAACCAACCAGACAGCUGUCCAAAGAUUUCUGACCUCAAAGUCCUUUAAGUCUGCUCAGAGGUAUAUACCAGUAACAUUCUGAUAGUUAUUUUCAAUAGUAGAAGUAAAGAAAUGAUCUUGACAAGCAAACUACAAUUCCCUUAAGUUACAACAAAAAUAAAUUACUGAAAUCUUUCUUUUUCCUAUAAUGAUGUUAGUUUAAUUGCAGUGCACAUUUAAGGUUCAUUUUAGUAUGUGUGCUAUAUUCUCAAGUCCAAAUGAGAUUUAUUACAGCUUUGUCAGGAAAAUCCUGUUUUAUUUUUUUAACCAUGAACACACUAAACUAAUCUUGCAACCAUAAAACUAUAGUAUUGUCCAAAAUGACCUUGUCAGGUUAUACAAUAUUCCAAACAUAAUUUUUUUUUUUUUACUUGUGAACAGUUAUUUUCUUUUUAAGAAUCAUCUGAUUGAACUUUAUAUUAUGUAUUAAGUAGAUUGCCAACACAUAACAGGUAAAGAAUUAUUUAUAGAAGAUAAUUUGUUCAUAUCUUUCCAUAGGGCUGUUUGGUUGAAUCUUCCUCUGAACAUAUUCAGCACAACAAUAACAGUCCUAACAGGAUUGGUGAUUUAUGCAUACUUUGCCUCCUGUGAUCCUCGUAGUAUUGGGGAAAUAUCCAAAGAUGACGAGGUAAACUAGUGGCUCUUAAUUAUUGAUCUGCAAAAAAAAAAAAAGUGAUUGGCUUGCAAACAGAAUAUUCUGACUUUGGAGUGUGGACAGAAUAAAUGAAUAAGCCCUUAAUAUUUAAGGGAAUUCUCCUGUUCGGCACCUUAGGAAAUUUAUAGAGAACAGUAUGGAGAAUGUGCAUACAGAUGUUACAAUGUAAAGGGUCUAACAUAUCUUUUGAUCUUUUGCACUGUCUUCUCUAGAUUUUGCCAUAUUUUGUGGUUGAAGUUCUGGGAAAGUUCCACGGUAUUCCUGGAGUCUUUGUUGCCUCACUGUUCUGUGGGACUCUCAGGUAUUAUUCAGUACUUACCCUGCAUUAGAUGAAAUGUUUACAGUUUUGUGUUCCUUUAAUAAUAAAAGACAGAGAUAGGGUCAUGUCCGAUUUCAGUACAUCCAAGAGGUAUCUACUUCUAUUCAUACCCACACCAAGAAAUUUUUAUUGGAAAAUGAAAAAGGGAAGGCAUGAGAACAUAAUUUUUCAAUAAAAUUUAGUGUUAUCUAUUUCCAGCAAAGUUAGGAGAUUGAGAUAUUUGUGCAUAUCUGGCCAAAAAUUUGUUAAACAGCACAAUCCAGCAUAAAUGUUUUUUUUUCAGCACUGUAGCAUCUGGUCUUAAUGCUCUGGCAGCAGUAACAGUGGAGGACUUUGCUCCCUUGGUUGUUCAGCAUAUUCCAACUGAGAGAGAAACUCUUGUGUCCAAAUUGCUCGGUAACAAUUUUCAUUAUACAGUUUUCCCUUUUUUUUUUCAUAAUGAUUAAAAUUUCCGCAAACUUUGGAGAAAAUGCAAAACAAAUAAUUCAGUUUUAUAAGAUUGGAUGAAAAAAAUAUAACAACAAUUCAACAUUGACAGAUCAAGAUGGCAUAAGGUUGGAUGAGGAUGAAGAACAUUUUUUUAGACUAUUUUUAAUCUAAGUUAAACCCUUUCAUGCCCAAGUUGCAAUAAGUAAUUCUCUUUACUGUCUGCUAUAGAAUUGUUAUGAUUUUAGUUAAGAGAGUUUGGUAUUGGAUCAAGUGAUAAUGCCAUGACUGAUGUUUUUCUUCAUUCUCAUCACUUGUCUGUUUGAUAUCACAUUGAUAUUGUGAGGAGAUAUUAUGUCUUGGUCUCUUACGGAAGUUUAAGAGUUGUGGAUAAAUCCACAAAAAUUAAGCCAUAAUGCACAAAUCUUGUUUCUGUGCAAUCAGAGGGCAAUACUGAAUCUGAAUUAUUACUUUUCUGUUUCUUUUAAUUUAUAGUAUUCGUAUAUGGCCUCAUUUCACUUGGGCUGGCAUUUCUGGUUUCAAAAUUGGGAAUGAUAUUGCAGGUCAGUGUUGUUUACACACAUGUGUAACAAAUGUUCAUCAAAAAAAAUGUUCAUUUGAUGGUUCACACUAUAAAUAGAUUAUUUCAAUUUCCACUCUCACAAAUCUGGUGCUUUGUCUUCUCCAAGUAAGGUAGCAUUAUUUUCUCAAGAUGCUAAGUUAUGUCAAGUUGUGAUUGCUUGAAAAUAUGUAGGUGACACACCUUAGUCCAAAUCUGACAGAUAAAAAGAACAUAGAAGUGGCAUUCAAACCUAUGACAAUGUUGCAUGUUUAACUUAUUUCUUAUCAGUGACCAUAAUUGUCCUCCUAAUGUGCUUACCAAAAUCAACAUCAAGUUAUUGAUUUUUACAGAUGAGCGCAACAAUGUUUGGAACCACAGGUGGGCCAAUGUUGGCCUUAUUUUCUCUUGGUAUAUUGACGACCCAUGCCAAUGCUAAGGUAAUGCUCCAUGCUCCAUGCUCCAUGCUCCCUGCUCUGUUCAUGUAAGGUGUUUACAGCAACAUAUCCCAUUUAAGCAAGUCUUGUGGCACAUAUUUUUCUGACCUCACUCCCCCAAAGACUUUAAAAAUUAAUCCAUUAAUUUAUUAUUUACUCUGCAUUACAAGAUUUUGCAAAACUCCCAAUCUAAAAUGGUACCAACCAGUUGAGAAGUUCUUUGCUUUGAUUAAAUACAAAGAUUUCUGACCUCACAAUUCCACUAAGUUUAUCUUUUGUACAUUUACUUGAAAUGAACCCUUUCCACCCCAACAUCAGUCUGUAUAUUCUCCAUGUUAUUCUCUAAACAGUUGCUUUGGUACUGACAAGGAGAAUUUUUUUAACGAUCAAAAGCUUCUUCAGUUGGUGAUCAUUUUCCUUAGUCUUGGAACCUUAAUGUUUGACUCAGUAGUGAUGUUUUAGGGAGAAAUUAGAUGCCAGUCACCCCUUGGGGAUAAAGGGUAAAGAUUUGAUGUUGUUGUUGUUACAUUUAGGGUGUAUGGAUCGGAGUCGUGGCUGGAUUUUGGACAGUCACCUGGAUCAGCAUAGGAGCUCUGGUUCACCCACCUGAGUACCCUACUCAGCCUAUGUCUAUAUCUGGCUGUCCAAGCAAUUUCACUAAUGUUAAUAUGUCAUAUGUAGAACCAGCCCAAAGGUAACUUAUAAACAAGAGCGAACUUCUAUGUUAUGUUACCAUUUAGAACAAAUUGUCAGUAUGGUGUUCAUUGUAAUGAUCUUGGAAAAAUAACUUGUGGAAGAUAUGGAGCAUGCAUGAUUUCUAUAAUAACAUAGUUACUGUAAUGGAACCUUGAGCAAGAGAGCAAGCAUAUUUUUUUUCUGUGAGCCAAAUUCCUCCUUUAUUUUCCACAUCACAUAAUAAUUAACAACUGUGUGACAAAGUGGAGGUGACUAGUGGUGUAUAUUUCUGAGCUACGAAACUGUGAGGUAAAUAUCCACUGCUAGCCACAGACACUGAAGCGAAGAGUUGUUUUAGUUUAUAUGAAAACAGUGAGAUAACAUAGCAUAAAAAGAUGAUUUUAGCUCAUUUAUUCCUGCAAUGGUUAAAUAUUUUCAUGCAAAAAUCACACAUGCAUUGCUCGUAGGUGAAUAGAAAAAGACAAUCAUAGUUUGAAUAGCCCAUCAGAGCUUGUCUUCUGUGCCAUCCACUGUUUUAGUACACACUUACUGUGACUGACUUUUUCUUUUCAGGAUACAACCUAGUUCUGUGUACGAGAUUUCAUUCUUUUGGUAUGGUGUCAUAGGAUUUGUUAUCACAUACGUCAUUGGAUACCUUGCCAGUUACAUAUUUAGUGAGUGACUGUGGGAGAUUGUGCCUGCUAAAACUGAAAAGUCUGCAAAAUUAUAUAAUGAUCUUUUUUUAAAAUAGAGGCUCCUAGCUUCCAUUAAAUCUAUUGGCUCUCACUUUUAUUUUCCAAUUCAAUUAUUAUUAUUAUUUUAAUUUUUUUUUUUGGAGUUACGUGUCAAAAUGGCUGUAGAUAGACCUGUCUGGUGAGGAGUUUCUUUACUGUAACUUUGACUGCUUAACCCUUUACAUGUAUCUUCUCCCCAUAAUAUCCAUACUUAAUCCUGCAAACAGAUCAUGAGAAUACUCCAACGUAUCAGGUAGAAGUUGUUAUCUUAAUCAACAACAAAGUUUUCUUUACUGAUUUACAACAAAAUGUGUAGCAUCUAGAGGGGAGAAUGAAGAAUCUGAUCUUGAGAGUUUAAGGGCUUCAUUUUGAUUAAGAUUUUCUGAGGUUUGUACGUACCUGUAUCUCAUCAUCCUGUCCUCCUCCCUUCCUUUCAUGUAAGUUUGUUUUUAUUUUUCUGUUUUUUAUCUCUAUCUUUCUUCAAACUUUCUUUAAUUUUUGGUGCACUCAUCCCUUACCAAGCUAUGUUACUUUUCAAUUGUAGAAAAACAUGACGCUGAAAGAAUAGACCCAGCCUUGUUGUUUGAUUAUUCCAAGCUCUCAAACUGCUUUGGAAGAUGCACUAAAACAUCUGGAAACAUGGCUCUUAAUGGUGCUCAUUCCAUAGAGGUAAUUAAUAUAACAAUAAUUUAUUUUUUGUUUGCCCUCAGGAGGUUUUAUUUUUUGGUUACUGCACGUACAGUUUCUGUAGUAAAUGACUGUACAUAUAUGAAAAUCACAUGUUUGAACUGCUGACAAAGAAACAAAUAUAAUUUGAGGGAUCUUCAUUGUAAUGAACACUACUUAAGCAGCAGUCUUUGUCAGUACUGUAAAUACAUUUUUACAACUUUUUCAAAAGGGAAUGCUAAAUUAAAAUUGUAGUAAUUUAUUUACCUUUCUUCAUAAUUUGAAUCUUAAAACUGCCUUGCUGUAUGGACUUGUUCUCCUUUCAUAUAUCUGCUUAUAACCAAAUAGAGGCUCAAAUUUCAGGAUAGGAAGUCAUAUUUCAUUGAAAGGUCCCACACACAAGGCAACAUUCUGUAUGGACAAGCUGCAACAACAGCUUUCUUCAUGUUGCAGUAGUUUUUUGUUUUGGCAACAUUUUCCCCCUAAAUACUUUCCACAAAUUGCUUAUUGUUUGAAUUGCAUUGUGCAAUGGUAGCAGCAAUGCAAUAAGUGACACUAGAAUUUUUGUGACAGCAGUACAUGCAAAGCCCCUUUUCACAAAGCUGUCACAGCAGGCAGAUUCUCGUGGAAGGUGGCUGACAACUGAUUCUUUAAGGAGCUAUUAUUUCAACCGUUGAGUGGUUAUUUCUGUUUUACUUUCACAGGACAAAAAAGAACAUGACACACAGACAUCUGACUGACUGUUACUAACAUUAUCUACUGACCAGCCUGAGACAUUUCUGUGUUACAGUUCAACAAAUAAAAUGAAUAAGCCUAAUUUUUUUCUGAUUUAAAACUAUUACUGAACACUUAAAUAUCUCAUCAAAAUAUGUGCCAGAAACCAAUCAAAACUAUACCAUUAGUUAAAUAGUGCUUGCUCCUCAUAGGCUUUAAAAUGAUAUGUUUAUCUCUGGAGUUCCAGUAUGUAGUGUGAGUUCUGUAGCUGCACAGCUUUCUUGUAAGCAUAUUUUACCCUAAUUGUGGGAUAUGACCACAGUACAACACUGUAGCAGCUCUACUUGGCAACAACCACUUGCCCCAUAAGUCUGUUGUUCUAGCAAAAAGACAUUGUUUGUAUGUGUGAAAAUUCGGAUUUACCUCCCUGGUAUGCCAGUUAUCUCCUUAAUUACAUGUAUUUACAAGUUUCUUUAUUUUUUUUAUUAAUAUUCCUGAAUUAACACCUAGUUGUUCAUGUUAAAAUGAUCAGGAGGAAGUCAAUUGGAAUUACAAUUAAAAAUAGCUUUAGGGUCAAAAUUAUGUUAUUGUAAAUGUCUUCAUCGUACAACUUUAUAAAAUAAUUCAAAUAGUACGCUCUGAUUCAGUUGGCCAUAAAACCAUUUUACAUGAGCGUAUGUAAACACGGUUUUCAUUCCUCUUUCAUUAGUUAUUUUAUAAAAGAAAUGUAAAAUGGUUUCCGUGUUUACAUAGCCUGAUAUAAACACUCAGGAGGUUGGGAGAACACAAGAUAAGCUGGAAACCACUCUGCUUUGCGUCAUGGUUUCCUACGCUUAUCUUGUGUUCUCCCAACCUCCUGCGUGUUUACAUCAGGCUAUGUAAACACAGAAACCAUUUUACGUUUCUUCAGUAUAGUAGAGCAUCUCUAACUCUUCCAAAUGUAGAAAAACUAAAACUACAUGGCAUUCAACAUUGUGUCUUGAUCACCUUAUUUUUUAUGUGUCAAUUUAACAAUUACAUUAUCAAUUUUCCUAUACUUUAACAGCAUCUCAUUGCUCUUCAAGACCUGCAAAAUCAGGUCAGUGCAAAGCCUAGGUAAAUUAAUUUUACAAACCUACUACUAACCUUGGCAUAUGAUAACUUUUUAUGAAUGUGUAAGAUAAAAUAUCUCCAGCUAAUAAUGAACUCUUUACACCCUAACAUCAGUAAGCAAAUUCUCCAUACCACUCUCUUUACUUUUCCUACUGUGCUUAAAAUGAGAAUUUGUCUAACAAUCAAGAGCUUUUUGAGUUUAUGAUCAUUUUCUUUAUUCUCAUGACCUUAAUGUAUGAUUCAGGGAUGAUACUGUUGGGAGAAAUGAAAUGCUUAUCUUUGGGAAUGAAAAGGUUAAUUUUAAUUAGAGACAAGUGAACAGUACUUUGACUAACUGUGUCCAGAGCUACACACAGAUUGCACUAUGUUAUGUUUACAGUCCAAAACUGUCCACAUUUUAUUUCAAUUUUUAUGCAAUUUUAUAUUGCAGGAUGAUGAGAAUACUCCUUUUAUUAGCUGAAGUGGCACACAAGAGCACACCUUUCAACACUCUUGAACAUGGGGCAUAUGAAAGAAUUGAAAACAAGAGCUGUCUCAGAGUCACAUUGCAUCACUUUACUUCAAGCAAUUUAUAAAAUUACUCAUGAAGAUUACUUACAUAGUAUUAUAAUUAUAUUACUUCAUCGUAUUCACCAUUAAUAAUAAUUAUACUGUGAUAAUAGCUGUUUAGAGUAAAUUAACUACUUUUCCAAUUCUUGUAAUUUAUUUUGAAAGGAAUGGUUUCUAACUUUACUAGUAAUUUGUAAAAUUAUGUAUUAAGUGUAUUUACUUAGUACUCCAUUGUUCCUUAUCGUAUUUACUAUUAAUAGUAAUCAUAAUUUGAUAGCUAUUCUUCCAAUUCUUGUGAUGUAUUUCAAAGGGAAAGGUUUCUAACGUGAUUACAAAGUUAACAAAAUUAUGAAUGAUUGAUGGAAGAGAUUCCUUUAUUCAAGCAUGCAUUGGUACUUACCUCUGUUCCUAUGUACAUAAGAAAAUAUUAUUAUUGACAUGAAAGCAUACAUGCAUUCAUUUGCUUGUAUUUAUAGAAAAAUUGAUAUAGUUUUUUACAUUCAAAGCUUUAUCUAUAUAUGUUCUUGUACCUUGGGUGCUUAAUGUAUUUUAGGACUCCUUUUUGCUUCAAUUCUUGCUUUGUAAAUGGUGCUAGUGUUUGUUGUUAAUUCCAUUGCCUGAAUAAUGGUUAUUACUGUAAAGUUGGCUCAAGAAGCUAGAGUUACUCCUAUGCUUCCCUCAAGCUCCCCAAACUUUCCACGUGCAUCUAUACCUCGAUAUACACAUAUUUUAUUGUCAGUUUUCUUAUUUAACACUUAGCUUAGUUAGGCUUUUGGUUUUUUUGUCUUUUUUUUUUUUUUUUGUCACUUGGGUUAACCUUUUUUGGUGGACAUUUUGAGGGACACUGUUAUGGCCACCCACACUUUCCAUUGUGCGUAAUGCAAGACAACCCUUGAGAUUGGGGAGGGGGCUAAAUCUAGAUAAGGAAUGAUUUUCUAAUGUUGCCAUGAAAUCCCAGGUAUCAGAAGUCUUGUAUUUCAAAUACGUUUAACAGUACAAGCAACUGUAAUAUGAUUAUUUUUACACACAUUGCCACAUUCAAUGAACCAUUGAACAACAACAUUCUCUAUAUUUGUCCCAUACAAAGUACUUAGCAAGGAAGAUAGUGCAAGGGUGGGAGGGGAAAUUUAAAUUAUUCAAGCAAAGACAUAAUUGAAC